UCAGGCAUCCAGGAAGAACAUGUGGUGAACGGAGAAAAAAAUGGCGGACCCGGUCGCGCUCUUCGUAUCAAUUGGGCUUACCGAUCAGAAAGCAAGAGAAACUUUGAAAAAUGAGACGCUCAGCUCGCUGCUUAAGGAAGCUGUCAUUCAGGUUCAGGGAGUUGUUGGGGGCAGUAAUAUUAACAAGGCAACUGGAACUCUCUUAUACAACUUGGCAUCACGGUUGAAGGACACAAAAAGACUAGGGUUUUUGGUGGCAUACAUUGCCAAGAAGCAGAUCAACACUGACUUGCAGUUAAAUGCUGCCCUGGAUUAUAUUAAAAGCCACCCUGUGGACCCUAUUGACAAAGCUGGUUUUGAACAGGAGUGUGGUAUUGGCAUUGAGGUUACACCGGAACAGAUCGAGGAAGCAGUAGAGGCAGUAAUCCUCAAAUAUAAGCAGCAGUUGCGUGAGGAACGCUAUCAUUUCAACAUGGGCUUGUUGAUGGGUGAAGCCAGAAGUCGAUUAAAGUGGGCUGAUGGCAAAGCCCUUAAGAAUGAAGUUGACAUGCAGGUACUGCACCUCCUUGGUCCCAAAACGGAAGCAGAUUUGGAAAAAAAGUCAAAGGCCCAAAAGCAGAAAGCACCUGAUACCAACAAGAAAGAGGAAGCUGUGGUUAAUGGAGAGAUGAAGUUUGAAGGGAAAUCUCUUAUGGAGCAACUCCGAGGAGAAGCCCUAAAAUUCCAUAAACCAGGCGAGAACUAUAAGACUGAAGGCUAUGUUGUCACUGCAAAUACCAUGAAGCUUCUGAAACAGCAUUUGGAAAUAACUGGAGGGCAGGUACGGACUCGCUUUCCACCAGAGCCCAAUGGCAUCUUGCAUAUUGGACAUGCCAAAGCCAUUAACUUUAAUUUUGGUUAUGCUAAGGCCAACAAUGGUAUCUGUUUUCUGCGAUAUGAUGACACCAAUCCAGAAAAAGAAGAGGAAAAAUAUUUUACUGGAAUUCGGGAUAUUGUCGAAUGGUUAGGCUACAAGCCCUAUGCUGUUACACAUGCUUCAGAUAACUUCCCUCAGCUGUAUGAGUGGGCAGUGGAGUUAAUCAAAAGGGGAGAAGCAUAUGUAUGUCACCAAAAAGUCGAGGAGAUCAAAGGUCACAACCCACCACCCUCACCCUGGAGAAACAGAAGUGUAGAAGAGUCCCUGCUGCUUUUUGAUGGAAUGAAGAAGGGCAAAUUUGCUGAAGGAGAGGCAACACUGAGAAUGAAGCUGGUGAUGGAAGAUGGAAAGAUGGAUCCUGUAGCAUAUCGCAUUAAAUAUACACCCCACCACAGGACUGGGGACACCUGGUGUAUCUACCCCACCUAUGACUACACACAUUGUCUCUGUGAUUCCAUUGAGCAUAUCACCCACUCUCUUUGUACCAAAGAAUUCCAGGCCAGGCGAUCUUCCUAUUUCUGGCUCUGUAAUGCACUAGAUGUGUACUGCCCUGUGCAGUGGGAGUAUGGACGUCUCAACCUGACAUAUACUGUUGUCUCCAAGAGAAAGAUCAUCAAAUUGGUGGAAACCGGUAUUGUCCGGGAUUGGGAUGACCCUCGUCUGUUUACACUGACUGCUCUACGCAGAAGAGGCUUUCCUGCUGAAGCCAUCAACAACUUUUGUGCCAGGGUUGGUGUGACCGUUGCCCAGACAACCAUGGAACCUCACCUGCUGGAGGCAUGUGUUCGGGAAGUGCUGAAUGAUACUGCUCCUAGAGCAAUGGCUGUUUUUGAACCUCUCAAAGUCACCAUUACCAACUUUCCUGUGGUUGAGCAGAUGGAAAUAGCAGUUCCAGAUUUUCCAGCCGAGGAAACUCGAGGAGUGCACAGUGUACCAUUUUGCUCUACUGUCUACAUUGAACAGUCAGAUUUCAGAGAGAUGAUGGAAAAAGGAUACAAACGGCUAACGCCCGAGCAACCUGUUGGGCUGCGACACACUGGUUAUGUCAUAAAUGUGCAGAAAGUCAUGAAGGAUACAUCAGGGAAAGUAAUUGAGCUGCUUGUUUCCUGCUCCAAAACCACCGAUGUUGAGAAGCCCAAGGCAUUUAUUCACUGGGUGUCCAACCCCAUACAGUGUGAAGUCCGUCUUUAUGAGAGACUGUUCCUUCACAAAAAUCCAGAAGACACUACAGAGGUUCCUGGUGGAUUCCUGAGUGACAUCAACCCAAACUCUCUUACUGUGAUACACAAUGCUCUUGUUGAUCAAUCUGUCGCAAAAUCUAAAUCUUUUGAUAAGUUCCAGUUUGAAAGAGUGGGAUACUUCUCAGUGGAUCCUGACAGCACCAGCCAUAAGUUUGUCUUUAACAGGACAGUGACCCUUAAAGAGGAUCCUGGGAAGAUCUAACUGCAAAGCCUCAUGUUCCUGUUAAAAGAGGACCCCCUUCCAUCUCUCAGUCCUUCAGCAAGUGUUACAUUUUCAAGACAAAUCCAACUUUUCUACUGGGUCUGUUCUGUCAUGGUUUAAUUACUUACAGAGUACAGAACAUUUGUGUAAAAGUGUUUUGUGGGUGACAUGGCCAUUCCCUUACUGAUGCCUCCCGCCAUUGGUGCCUGAUUUUUUUUUUUUUUUAAUACUUUGUAAGACUUUGCUUGAUUCUCUGAGAGAAGCUGGAUGCCCUUAAGUAUUGAAUUCCUGACUAUCCUGCAAGAAGUGUUUUAUUAGUGACAUUCUAAUACAGUAUCAUUUUUGUGGCACUGGUGUCCAAUCAACAGAUUAAUUAUAUGGUUUCCCAUAUUUUACUUUCUUCUUUUUUUAUAUGUAUUCUGGUAUCCAAUGUUUAAGGUCAUCUAAAGGAUUUGUCGGUUAAAAGAAGAGAGUAUUAUGUUUCCUAACUGGAGAAGUUAUACCAAAUCAUUUGAGAGAUGAAGAGAUGGAAGAAGGUUCAUAAAUGAGGGGACUGUUUAAAAGGAGAAGAGGAUUCUACAUUCUGCUCAGAUCUUGCAUUUUAGUAUGCACACAGAAUACAAGCAGAUUAUUGGCAGUAGAAGAUUUGGUUUGAGAGACAUACUUUGUGCAUGUGAAAACCAAACCUCAAACACCUGAAUGAAAUUAAAAAAAAGUGCUGCAUUUAUCAAGCUGCCAUGUGACCUUAUCCUCAAAAGAAACAGGGUAGAGUAUUGUGCCUUAAAAAUAUAAAAUCUGCUGUGGUUUGCUAAGGUGCUUCUCUUUAAUUGAGGUUAUUUGCAGAGGGUUUGUUGGGGUGGUUUAAAUAAAAAUAAGAAGGGAACCUCUCAUUAUGUAGUCAUAUCUGUUUUGUUGCUGAUGGCAAUGUGAGUAAAUAAAGUUUUUCAAGACUA